UAUCAAACGCCAACCAUUUGCUGCUAGAGUCUGAAGGAGGACGGAUUUCAUACCAUGUGACAAAGCUGGCCAGUUAGAAUCAAUUUUAUCAAGCAGCCUCAUUUGCAUGGGAGGGCUAUAAAAGCAGCAGCCCGGGAGGCGGAGGAAACAGUUUUCUCGUUUAUUGGAAAGCGUAAGGAUAGUUGAUCAUGCCUGAUCCAGUCAAGUCCGCUCCAGCCGCGAAGAAAGGCUCUAAGAAAGCAGUGACCAAGACCCAGAAGAAAGAUGGGAAGAAGCGCAGGAAGACAAGGAAGGAGAGUUACGCCAUUUACGUGUACAAGGUGCUGAAGCAGGUGCACCCCGAUACCGGCAUCUCCUCCAAGGCCAUGAGCAUCAUGAACUCCUUUGUCAACGAUGUGUUUGAGCGCAUCGCAGGGGAAGCCUCCCGCCUGGCUCAUUACAACAAGCGCUCCACCAUCACCUCCCGGGAGAUCCAGACCGCGGUCCGCCUGCUGCUGCCUGGGGAGCUGGCCAAGCACGCCGUGUCCGAGGGCACCAAGGCUGUCACCAAGUACACCAGCGCCAAGUAACUGCUGCCCCAUCUCCUGCCCUACUCCCAGCAACACAAAGGCUCUUCUAAGAGCCACCCACCCCCUCCCUAUAAGAUCUGUAACUGGUUAUUGUGUGUAGAAUGAAAGCUGGUUAGAAAACGUGGUGUUGGAAGAAUAAAACUCUUGCAUCCCGGCAUGUAGGUAGAAGAGUUAGUGACGGGGCAUUGAUACAGUGAGGGAAGAG